AUGGCCUCUAACAUGGACAAUGUGUUUGCCCAAGACACAUCCCCCGACCUCACAACUUUUCAAGUUGCAUUCGGUCCUGUUGUCGCGUCAGGUCCUGCAACUGUUCUUAUUACUGUUCAAGUUUCCACUGCCACCGCUCCUGUCUCCGCUCCUCAAGCCAGGUCUCAAGUCGGUGCUCAAGUCGGUGCCGAUGUCGGUAAUCAAGCUCUUCUCUCGCGUCCUCCAGCGCCUGAUGGCUAUUACUACAACAAUCGGGGUAACCUCAAAAAGCAUAACCCACCGACGAGUCAGAGGAAGGAAUUCGGAAUGCUUCAGACUCUCAUUACUGAAGCUGAACUCAACUACCUGCGACCAAGCACCCUCAACCAGCGCCAAAGCGUGUUCGCCAAAGACCCUUCCCGAUCCAACGCUCGCAUCUGGUUGUCUAUGGGGGAGAGGGAGGAGUUGAAUAAAUACAGACAGGUCCACGGAGGAAAGCGGGUCGUUACUUCGGAGAGGAUUUUGAAAGACUUGAACUUUCAGCACAAGGCGCCGCAGGCUGAACACCGCCGUAAGGUAGUUGAGCAUAUGAAGAGCAAAGGCCAGUCAACCCGUACGAAGGAAGCUCGGAGGGACUUAGAUCACAACGGUUGA